UAAUUGGGAUUGAAGCUACUCCCCAAAUGCGGUCGUUAGCUUUUGGACCAACCUCCUUUGGCAAUAUCAAGGAGUCCGAAACUCACAGAAGCCGGCUCACGCAAGGUGGUAUAAAGACGUUAUCGAAUGAAUCUUAUGACUGUGCACUCGACUCUUAUUGUUCUGCGCUCAGAAUACAUUCUCCAUCUAGCGCUUUCAUCUGAACCUUUUUCCAAAAGUCAACAGAACAAUAAAACCACUUCCCAAAACACUAUGUUUGUCAAAUUCGCUCCCAUCUACGUUAUCGCAUGCUUUGCUGCUUUGGCAUCUGCAUCGCCCGUACCUGUUGCAGCUCCUGAAGCUGUUGCCCUUGCAAACACGGGGAUUCUUGCUCGCGAGGCUCUAGCAGCAGCAGAAGCUCUCUCUGAACGCGAACCUACUCCUGAAGAGUCAGAAGAUGUCGAGGCCAGGGUCUGCCGCUAUGGUUGCCUGUGAUCGAAUCUGUUCCCAUAUCACUUUUCGCGCUAUUGCGAUUUAUCAGCGCCCCACUGUCCUUCCUGCCAUUACACGCGUCUGCGGUCCAGCUCGAUGCGGACCAUCAUUGACAUACCCAGCCGCAAUUUGACCUUCUCCGAUGACCAUUCCGGACAAUAUUCUGGAUACCAUUUUCUUACGCACGUUACGAUUUUGUUUGUUUUGUUAAUCGGCAGGGUUCUGUAACUGUAUUACUUGAGUCAUAGACGCUGUAUUGUUAUUCCUUUGCUUUCGUAUGUUUUCUGUUAUGGAAUGUCCACAUUCAACACAGCUGUUGUACAAAGUACUUAGGUACUUACUUCGAGCUACUACUUACAUGGUGCCCGAUAUUAUGAAGGAAAGCCUGGAUUGGUGUACACCACGUGAUAUUCGAGUGAGCGUUGAACAACUUUAUCCUUGCGCCGGGCACUUCCACCGCCUUCAUGUU